GCGCUUUGUAAAGAUUUGUAAUACUACACAACCUCGAAAUUGUCUUACAUAAAAUACGUAAACAUUACCAGUCAAUAUUUUAGAAAAAAGAACGUAAUAUAAAUUUGAUAUUAUGGCGUUAGUUGCUUAUGCUAAUAGUGAUAGUGAUAACAUAACUGAUGAUGAAGACGAUUUACCUUCUGGUGGUGUUGAAAUAAUCGAAAAGCCUGUAAUAUCCACUGAAAAUCCAGAAUGAUUCACAACUUUACCUCAACCAAAAACAGUCAAUCAGUUUGUGGAUAUCACAGAAGAAAACGAUGAGUUUCUGUUGAAAAAAGAACAACCCACUGAAAAACCAGUGAAAAAACCUGUUAGAAUAAUCGCACCAUCUUUGAAAGACUUUGAUAGUGAUGAAGAAGAUGAACCAGAAGAUAAAAUACAAAAAAUUGUCUCAAAAUCCAGUGGUUUAUUUUCAAUAUUACCACCACCCAAGAUUGCAACAGUCACAACAAAGACUUUAAUACCUAAUUCAGUUGCCAAAAAUGCUAAAAAUAAUUUAAUACCAAGAAAUGUCAAAACAAAAGCACAAAAUACAACUGCACAAGGUAAAAAUGUCACUUCUGAUGAUGAAGAUGAUGAUUUUAAAGUAGAGGAGUUUGAUGUGAAUGCAUGGAAAGCUGUCUGUGGCAGAAAACCUAAACCAGAGCCAAUUGUGCCAGUGUUUGAUCACAGUGAACAAAAUAUUCAAGCAGAAAUUGUAUCUGCACCUGAACCUGCUAAGCCAUAUGAAGGUUUAGACAAUGAAGCAUUAAAAAAAUUAGUUGGUUCCUCUAAAAUUCCUAUUAAAUUCAUUGAUAUAAAUGAAGAGGAAGUAAUGACAGAUGAAGAUAUCAUAAGAGCUAAAGCCCUGACAGAUCCAGAAGUAGAAAGACUUUCAGCAGCUGAAGGAGAGCCAAUAAGUGCUAUGAGUAAAAGGAAACAUCAUAUUACUUACCUAGCUCAACAGGGGAAGGCAAAUGAACAAGAGUUGAAAAAUAGAUGGGCUUCUAAUAAAUAUUCUAGAAAACAAACACAGGCUAAAUAUGGUUUUUAAAAUUGAAAUAAAGAUUUAAUAAGUUUAAUAAAAGUAAUAAUGUGCUUUAUUCGUACAAUAUUCCAAUAUAAAAAUACUUUAUAGCUAUAUUUGCUGCAAUAAGUGCUUUAAUGACCAUGAAUGAUGAAUUAAAUGUUAAUGAACGUGAAGCGCCUUGAGUUGAGCUGAUCCAAGGCUGCAAAAAGUGCCAUGACUAGUGUUAAAUGCGUUUCUUUUGCGUUUACAUCUUGUAUCAGGUGUGCAUUGCGAUUUUUUUGUAUGAAAAAUCAUCACAGACGUCGGUAUUUCGGAUGCACAAUCUCCUCUUACCUUUACCAUUGCAUUGAUUGUUUAAUAAAUCUAAUAAUAUAUGAAUGUAAAUUAUAUAGUAUAAAAUGAUAUAGGUAACUUAA